CAGGACGCUCCUCUCUGCCUCUCGCCCUGCGUACAAAAGCCUCCCUAACUCUUCCGUCUCUGCGUAUCUGUCAUGGAGCGUUUUUUUGAAAUAGGCGGCAUUAAGAGUGCUGGUUGUGUUUUUACUUUCUCCUCCUGAAAUGUACGACCGUCUGGAUCCCCGCUUGGCCGCGAGAGGAAGGCUUUCUGUGGGUAUAAUACGAGGAAGCGUCGUCUGAGAGAGGGGGAAGGAUUGACGCUUUUUCCUCCUCUCCUCCUCCUUCUUCCUUUCGCCCCCUCUUCUGCUCUUUUGGCGGAUAGAGAGGGCUGAGGAAGAAAUAAACAUUUUUUCCCCCUUUUUUCUUUAUACAUUUGAAUCCUGCUGCGCAACCCGACCGGAUCACGUGGGACUGGAGAGAGUUGGAUCGAUUUUUGCACAGUUUUAGUAGAGAGGAAAGAAAGAGGCAGGGAAACACAACUCCUAUUUCUCUUGCUGACUUGGAUAACUGGGGACUUUUGAUAGUUUUACAUAAUUGCAGGAGCUUGAGGGUGUUGGACUGGGUCCCCUUUUUUCAGCUUUGGAGGUGCUGGAGUAUUGAUUCUUAUAUGCCUGGGUUUUGAAAAACAAUGGAGACGCACAUUUCGUGCCUCUUCCCGGAAAUUUUGGCCAUGAUUUUCAGUUAUCUGGACGUGAGGGACAAAGGCAGGGUGGCCCAAGUGUGUGUCGCUUGGAGGGAUGCAUCCUACCACAAGUCGGUGUGGAGGGGGGUGGAGGCCAAGCUGCACCUCCGCCGGGCAAAUCCCUCCUUGUUCCCCAGCCUCCAGGCCAGGGGCAUCCGGAGGGUCCAGAUCUUGUCCCUGCGCCGCAGCCUCAGCUAUGUCAUCCAGGGAAUGCCUAACAUAGAGUCCCUCAAUCUGUCCGGCUGCUACAACCUCACGGACAACGGGCUGGGCCACGCAUUCGUGCAAGAGAUCCCAUCACUUCGUGUUUUGAACCUGAGUCUGUGCAAGCAGAUCACAGACUCCAGCCUCGGCCGGAUCGCUCAGUAUCUGAAGAAUCUGGAGGUGUUGGAGCUGGGAGGCUGCAGCAACAUCACCAACACUGGGCUUCUGUUGAUAGCCUGGGGCCUCCACAGACUGAAGAGCCUUAAUCUGAGGUCCUGCAGGCAUGUCUCAGAUGUGGGGAUUGGACAUUUGGCGGGCAUGACCCGUAGCGCGGCAGAGGGCUGCCUGAGCCUGGAGUAUCUGACUCUCCAAGACUGUCAGAAACUGACAGAUCUGUCACUCAAACACAUUUCCAAGGGGCUGACCAAGCUGCGAGUGCUGAACCUGAGCUUCUGCGGGGGGAUCUCAGACGCCGGGAUGAUCCACCUCUCCCACAUGACCUCCCUGUGGAGCCUCAACCUCCGCUCCUGUGACAACAUCAGCGACACGGGGACCAUGCACCUCGCCAUGGGCACCCUCAGGCUCUCCGGGCUUGACGUGUCCUUCUGUGACAAGAUCGGGGACCAGACCCUGGCGUACAUCGCCCAGGGUCUGUACCAGCUCAAGUCCCUCUCCCUCUGCUCCUGUCACAUCUCCGACGACGGGAUAAACCGGAUGGUGAGGCAGAUGCACGAGCUGAGGACCCUGAACAUUGGACAGUGUGUGCGCAUCACGGACAAAGGGCUGGAGCUCAUAGCCGACCACCUGACCCAGCUGGUGGGCAUCGACCUGUAUGGAUGUACCAAGAUCACCAAGAGGGGACUGGAGAGGAUCACACAGCUCCCCUGCCUUAAAGUGUUGAACCUGGGACUUUGGCAGAUGACAGAGAGUGAGAAAGUGAGGUGAUUGGAAAUGCCUGUUUUUGUGUGUGAAUGCGUGUGUGUGUGUGUUUUGUUUUUCUUCUUUUUUUUUGGAUGGAGGGAGAGCACAAAAGCCAGAGGAGUGGGAAUGAAAGAGCAGGGAGUUUUCAUAUUUAAAAAGAAAGAAAGCCCUCUUUCUCCCUCCUGUAUGAAGUGAGCCUCCUUCAUGUGACCAGAAUGUUCUGUUCAAGUGUUUUAUUUCUCUCUCUUUCCAUUGGCCUUGCAGGAUUUAAAUUAGUGUUUGGUAUGAUUUAAUAUUCUGCCUGGUAGAAAGCAAUUAAAGCAUUUGAGUCCAUAAAAAAGAAAAGAAAUCCUGUUAACAAAUGUUCUAAUCCCAAUUUAAGUCUUAAGUCUUGUACUGGAAUAACUUUAGAGCAAACAAGCUUAAUGUUUUUCCAAUCAAGUGUCAUCUUCUGAGCAGAUAACUUCACCUCUGGACACUUGUUUUCUAGAAAUAUCUGGGAGUCAAACUUGCAUCCAUUCAAUUCCUUUUGUAUUCAAAACAAACAGAGGUUGUAAGACUUAAGAGACUUUUAUUUUUGCAAUGAUUUUGGAUUUAACACAAAUCUCCGCUACAGCCAUCACGCCUAAAAGAGAAAAGAAGAAAAAAAAACAACAAACAUUUGGCUACCUCCUAUGUGGUUAUUUUCAAAGGGUGUAUACUGUUAAGAGAAUUAAAAAAGAAAAAAGAGAAAAAAAAGCAGAGAAUGAGUGAGUGGGAGAAAAUGUGCCUAAAGGGACUGUGUCUGCCCCCUCCCCCAUCCCUCCCUCCCUCCCACUUCCAUGAGCAGAGUCAGAAAAAGGAGACCAGUACACAAUCUAACUACCGUUGUUAAUCGAGCCCCGUAAACGGCGAGAAUUCACCAGAAAGAGCUGCGAAAUCCAGUCAGAUUACGAGAGGACAUCACUUUAUGCAAAAUUCAUGUAUCCCACUAGUGUGCAAAAGCUUUUCUUAUAUUGUUUCCGUCAUUCUUUAAGGGAUAAAGUCCAACUUUAAUGCCCUUUUGACCAAUUUACAGGAAACAAGAUUAUGCGUGAACCCCGGCAGAAAUACCUAAUAGUGAUUCUAUAAAGACAGAGAUAUAGAGGAAUGUUAUAGCACAUGAAAAAGAAAUGAUCACGCUGUUAUUUAACAAAUUGUUUGUCCUUAUAGGAUUAUUAGGCUGUAGGUAUUUUUGUAAAGGAUGCUGAUGGAGAUAAAUAUCAGUGAAUGUUCAGAGUACUUCAAAUUGAAGUGAUUUCUAUGUCUUACCCUUUAUUGAUCCAAGCAAAUCAGGGUUUGCCUCAUGGUUUUAUUUUCCCACAUUAAUACUGACACAUUCAUAUUCAUGUUGCUCCCACCGGUGCAGAGUGAGGAGGUCUGGUUUUUUUGUGUCUUUUCCCCCCUUUUCCUCCCCAUCCUUCACCCCGUCUUCUUCUCUGAAUAAAAAUACCCCUGGAUCCGUUUAGAGACAUGCUUAGAAUAAAAAGCAAUCGAUCUCUUUUUCUUUUUCUCUCCUCCAUCUCGGGUUACAGAAAUGCGUCUAUUCCUUGCUCACUCCUCAUCUCUCUGUCCUUUCACUCGCGCGCACGCACACACAAACACAUACAUUUAGGCUGUACACACAUGCACACGCGCACACUGACGCCAGUGUGUGCGCCUUUUAAUGUAAUGCAAUGACCUGCUAGAAAAUGAAUAUACGGAUGUGCGUCCUGCUGAAAAAGCUGUGUGUGUUUGACAGUAAAAAAAAAAAAAGAAAAGAAAAAGAUGUACUGUAUAUUAUGUGUUUGUAAAGAAGAAAAUGCAGAAUCCCAAAUUAAAUUGUUUUAUAUUCUUACGGUUAAAACAAUUAAAGAUAUUUAUAUAAUGAACAAA